AUGAACAACAUCAGGUGGAGAAACAAUGAGACCAUUGUGCGGACUUUGUACUUACUGUUUCUGGGUCAGGUGGUUUCUUUUAUAUUGGCACUUAUGAGCUUCUCUUCAUCUCUAGUUGCCAGUCUUGGGGUAGAUACUCCUCUUACCCUGUCAUUUUUCUCUUACUUGGCUUUAACUUUGGUGUAUGGAAGCAUCUUGCUAUACCGUCGUCAGAAAUUACUGGUCCCUUGGUAUUGGUAUCUUCUUCUAGGCUUUGUUGAUGUCCAAGGCAAUUUUCUUGUUAAUAAAGCGUUCCAGUACUCUUCAAUUACUAGCGUAACAAUACUGGAUUGCUGGACAAUAGCAUGGGCCAUACUUCUCACAUGGCUGUUCUUGGGUACACGAUAUUCUGUGUGGCAGUUCUUUGGUGCAGCAGUCUGCGUGGUAGGCCUUGUUCUAGUGCUUCUUUCUGAUGCUGGGGUGGGCGGUGGAGCUGGUUCAAAACCUCUUCUGGGUGAUACACUUGUCAUAGCGGGGACACUUUUCUUUGCAAUGAGCAAUGUUGGUGAGGAAUUCUGUGUUAAGAAGAAAGACCGUGUUGAAGUUGUUUCGAUGAUUGGUCUUUUUGGAAUGCUUGUGAGUGUGUGCGAGAUAGCUAUAGUGGAGAGACAGACUCUGGAAACUGUAAAAUGGUCUGCACAAAUUGUAAUAGCCUUCACUUGCUAUGCGCUUGCAAGCUUUAUGUUCUACACUACCGUUCCUUUUGUUCUAGAGAUGGGUGGAGCAACACUAUUCAAUCUAUCUGUGCUUACAUCAGACAUGUGGGCAGUUCUCAUUCGCAUAUUUUUCUACCGCCAGCAGGUUGACUGGCUAUACUAUUUAUCGUUUGCAAUUGUUGUCAUUGGGCUUAUCAUAUAUUCAAGAACUGAGAAUCAUCGUACUUCUGUACCAACUCUAGAGGAUGGAAACCUCAGUCCGAAGUACCAAGUGCUGAAUGAAGAAACUGAAAAUUCUAGAAAUGUGGCCAUUGCAUAA